CUGGCCUCUCUCAGCUCGUCAGUCAGUCAGAGCGAACAGCGUUAGGCGGGCAAUCAGCCAGUCCGUUUGUUGGUCGGUUCGAUCGUUCGUUCGUUAGUUUUAUUGUUAUUCUCGUGGGUGAGGAUAGGAGUUCGUUUCAUGCCGUGAAGAAAUUCUUGAGCUGACCGAUCUGUCUCCAACCUGCGUUGUUUCCAUUGUGCCCAUCGGCCGGAAAAUGCGGCAUUAGUGAAGUGAAGUUGACCCGCCUAAUUCUCAAGAGUUUCGUUCGCGACCUUCGAUUGCUGGAUAGAUUCGGUUUUUUUUUUGAGUGUGGUUCAUCAUGAGUUGGGGCACGGAAUUAUGGGAUCAAUACGAUAACAUCGCCACUCACACCCAUAAAGGGAUCGAAUUCCUCGAGAAAUACGGCAAUUUCGUGGACCAAAGAUGCAAAAUCGAACAGGAAUACGCCACCAAGUUGAGGCGCCUUGUCAAACAAUUCGUACCGAGGAAAAAGGAAGAGGAAGAUUACCAAUUUACGUACACUAAGGCCUACAAGAAUCUGCUCAAUGAGUUAGGAGAUCAAGCCGGUCAGCACGAGCUGAUCGCAGAGACGUUGAGCUCGCAAGUGGUACAAGAGCUGGCAUCCCUAGUCAAACAACUGAAGGAUGACCGACGAAAACAUCUUACGGAAGGAGCCCGCAUUCAAGCCCAAUUGCAGUCGUCCUUGACGUUUUUGGGCAAAACCAAGGAGAAAUAUGAAAAGGCUUUCGGGGCAUCGGAACGAGCCUUGGACGCCUAUCAGAAAGCGGAUGCUGACUUGAAUUUGUCGCGAGCCGAGGUCGAAAAGCAAAGAAUGAAUUCCACCAUAAAAAGUCAGCAAUGCGACGACGCAAAAAACGAGUAUGCCAACCAACUCCAAAAAGCCAAUGAAUCUCAGACAAAAUACUAUCAGCAUCUGCUUCCCACCGUGUUCCAAAAUCUCCAGGACCUAGAUGAGAAGCGAAUCAAAUGCAUCCAAAAUUUUAUCCUGAAAUCAGUGCAAUCAGAGAAGGAUGUGCUUCCCAUUGUCAACCAAUGCCUUGAAGGCAUGGAAAAAUGUGCAGAAGAGAUCGAUGAAGCCGAGGACACACGAAUGGUUAUAGAGCGGUACAAAUCAGGAUUCAUUCCUCCCAGCGAUAUUCCGUUUGAGGAUUUGAGCAAUGCUGAGACCUCAUCUGUGAAUGGAUCCAUGAACUCCAUCGGGCACAACAGCUCGAUUCCGGCGAUUCCGGGUUCGGUGGAGAAGAAAACCAUCUUGGGAACCAUUACAGGAGGUCGUGUGAAGAAGCGGAGUGGCCUUUUGGGACUUUUUGCGAAUAAUAAGGGCUCGCAAAAUAACUUGACAUCGGAAAAGGAGGAUUUCUCAGAUUUGCCACCAAAUCAGCGAAAAAAGAAACUCCAGCAGAAAAUUGAUGAGCUCAAUGGCAAGGUUUGUCAAGAAACCGCCGCCAGAGAUGGCUUGAUGAAAAUGAAACAAGUCUACGAAGGCAAUCCCGCUUUGGGCGAUCCGAUGUCCAUUCAAGGACAACUGAGUGAAAAUGGGCAUAAAUUGGACAAACUCAGAGCCGAGCUCAAAAAGUUCCAGGGAUACUUGGACGAGAUGGAAGGGAGGAUCUCGAGCUCCCCUGGAAACACACUAACACCCAAUUCCCGAAAGAACUCGAACGGAACAAUAAUCUCGUCUAACCAUGUGGUCAAUAAUUCCUCGCCGAAUCGGCGAAGUUCCGUCUCAGAUGGGGCCGAGUCUUUGAGUCGGAGUGCUUCAGACUCGAGUGUAUCAAACCCGUCGUUGAACCACAACAAAGCUAUGAACACACCUUUACACAGUCAGGGCAACUCAAAUAGCCCUGAGUCCGGCAUUGUCAUGAGUGGAAAUCACCAUCAUGGUGAAAGCGGGAGUGAUAGUAUGGAUGGCUAUGGAGGCGACAUGCUCGUGAGAGUGGUCGAAGGACAAGACGGACUAGGUGAUCACAACGAGGAUGAGUUCUUUGACGCUGAACCCCUGCCCGUGUUGGGACGAUGUAAAGCUCUAUAUCCAUUUGAAGUUACAAGUGAAGGCAGCAUCCGAAUGACUGAGAAUGAAGAUCUCUGGGUCAUUGAGGCCGAUCAAGGCGAUGGAUGGACCCGAGUUCGUCGGAUCAAUAUAUCCGCGCUAGAUCCAAUGCCUGAAGGAUUCGUUCCUUCCACGUACAUCGAAGUGACGGAAAUGUUUUCCGUGCCUCACCCUGUUUAAAAGCGACAGGACUUCUUCCAUCCGCUGAUACCAUUGGUAAUCAUUAUGAUGAUGAUGAUGAAGAAGAUGUUGAUUAAUCAAGAAAAAUCGCGUUUGUUUAAACCUCCCACCUUCCACCUCCCAGUAUCAACAACAGUUCUCGGCAAACGAGGCCUCCCUAUUAGAUAGCUCUCCCAAUGACAGAUAAUUUUUUGAGUGGGAUCAUUUUGAGAUCCAACCAUAGAAAAAACGAGUGACCGACCAGCAAUGAGCAAUCAACAACUCGUAAUAAUCAAGUCGAUUCCCCACCUUGGAGAAGAGGGACAAAAUGCACCGUCUGGCGUGUCUCUUGCAAUCUGUCCCGCCCCUUAAUGGGUUAAUGAUGAAGAUCAUGAUGAUGAAGAUGAUGAUGAUGAUGAUGAUGAUCGGUGACUGACAAGCAAACAAUACGGAGAGGGAUGGGACGAAAUUUUCCUAUUGUGUAUUUCAUUGACCUUUUGUUCUCCAAUUCAAUCAAAGUCAUUGCCAUUCAGAAUAAAGUUAUUCAAAGAGAAA